CGCAUGCAUGUAGGCCUACUGAGGAGAAGUUACAUUGUCGGGUUUGGACCGGGGUGUUUUGAAGACAAUUUUUUGGAUUAUAGUGAAUUAAAUGCCAGUUUAAUUUUCGCAACUCGCUGGUUGAGGGUCCAACUCACCCCAUUGGGACACGUUUCAUGAGAUAAACCAUACCAUGGCUUCCCGCGUUUGGAAUGAAUGUUCGUGCACAAAUGCCAGGAUUCUGGACGCUCAAGUCAUCGGUUACGAAGUGGUCAAAAGGCGGUGGCCGGUUAGAAAAGACUACGAGUUCAUCAUAGAUGUGUCUUGGUCAUACGGAGGCAGGACCACCACAAGGAGGAUGUAUGAUGACUUCGUUGACCUCAAGAAAAGAAUUUUGGAUAGAUUUCCAGAAGAGGCUAGACCGGCGACCAGGGUUAUCCCGUGCCUGCCAGCACGAAAAUGGUUGACGCCGAAUUCAAAGAAGCUUGCUGAUCAACGCUUACCCGACCUUGAUGAUUACGUCAAGAGGCUCAUCCAACUUCCACAAAGGAUAUCAGAAUCUGACAUGGUGCUUACAUUUUUCGAGCCCGACCACGACGCAGACGACCACACGGACGAGUCAACUAUACUUCCCGCAGCCAACAAAGAAUGGAUGGAAGACAAGUCAACAGAAUCGGAACAAGGCGACAGCAGAGUUUCCAAGAAGCGCUCAAUUCAAACAAAGAAGGGUUUAAGGCGAGGGAGUAGUGGUAGAAAGGAUGGGUUCAUCAAUCAUGUUAAUGAUAAUGAUGAUGAUGAUGAUGAUGAUGAUGAUGAUGAUGAUAAUGAUGAUGGUCGAGAAAUUCAUACAAAUAUUCCGCCAAACGAUGCGACAUUGGAACAAGACGAAGUUGACAAAACUUCCAAAAAGCGUUCAAGCAAAACUAAGAAAGGUUCAGGGAGGAACAGCAGUCGAAAAGAUGGGUUUAAGAGUUAUGAAAAUGAAGACGAUACUGAUGAUGUUGAUGAUGAAAGUGAUGAUGAUGACGUUUGUAAAUAUCUUGCACCCCGAGAUGCGCUGACAAAACGGGAAUUGAAGGUUUAGAUUUCACAUCAAUUGGUAUCACAAAUACUACAUGAUCAUCAGGUGGUCCAUCUUCCCCCAAUUACACUCCGGAUGCAGUGGGCCCGCCUCUCCCCUCACACUAAGAAGAUCCAAUUAGGGUGACGCAAUGGAUUGCCCUGGGAGUCUAACCCCAAUUGAUCCAAUCUGCACCUUUACAGGAAAGCAUGUAGAGCUGGAUAAAGGCUAUGUGCUAUCUGGGAGUCUGGUGUGUCAAGAUGGAGUGAGGCUAAUCACGGACUACUUCUGUUAGAAGAACAGUAUGGUCAGAGUGUUUUUGGUGGACACACAUUUGAACGUGUUGAAUAAUAGAAUUUUUAGUCCAUGUCAACAUGAAAGGACAGACAAACGCAAUUUAUAGUGAUGUAUAUUGCAGGUCAUGCAGGCAUUUCGUUUUCUUUAGGUCACUCGGGAUACUGUCUCUACCUUCAAAUUGGCAUUUCAUAACAAAGUCUGAGGUAACUCUUAAUAUUGUUGUCAGGUACAGAUGCAAAGUACACUGUCUUUAGCCUUUCUGAACAUAGAAGGACAAAGUCGCAGCAAAGCA